ACAAAGGAUUCUGUUUUUCUGUGAGAAACAAAGUCAACCCAAUUAAGUUUCCAUAAAAUCUUGGGGUUUGAUGAUGGGGUUACAAUGGGUGCUUCUGGUGUGCCAUGGGAUUGUAACCUUAUUGGUGGUUGUAUCUUUUUUAUGCGGUCAAUGGCCUAUCUUUGAACACACUUUUAUUCAAAGACUUCACAUCUUCCUUACCUUCGGUGCUUUUGAUUACUUCAGGCGAUUUGUUGAGUAUGUGUUCGGUUCUAAAGGUAGCAAUGCACUAUAUAGUAUUCAGUACUACUGCUGCGAUCGACCUAAUCCGAUUUUACAGCUGAUAUACCUAGCUAUAAUUGGUGGUACUUAUUACUUGGUUGUGUACACAACUUUCAACUAUAUUCCUGGACAUUAUUUGGGAGGAUAUCACAGAUACACAAGCUUGGCCGCUGUUGGUGUUGGCAUUUUACUUUUCCUUUUGACCAGUUUCUCUGACCCAGGAACUGUGAAUGCUGACAAUGUAUCUCAAUAUCUCUCUGUGUAUCCGUAUGACAACAUAAUAUAUUCAGAGAAAGAAUGUCCCACCUGCAAAAUCCUUAAACCCGCUCGGUCCAAGCAUUGUGGUAUCUGUGAUCGUUGUGUUGCUCGGUUUGACCAUCACUGUGGAUGGAUGAAUAAUUGCAUAGGGGAGAAAAACACGCUGUACUUUGUGACGUUUCUUCUCUGGCAUUUCCUUCUUUGUGUAUAUGGGACUGCUGCAAUUGGGUUGGUUCUUGCUGGGCGAUUGAAAGAACUAGAAGUUGUACAUAUUCUAACAGUUUAUUAUGGCAUUGAAAAUUCAUUCCGGAGUUUGGCUCCACAUGUUGCACAGUGGUUAAUAGGCUCUUACAACACCCAGAUACUUCUAAUGGUUUUCCUGGCGAUAGUUUCUCUGCUUUUAUCUGGUUUCUUUGGGUACCAUCUGAGCCUUUGUCUAAGCAAUACUACCACUAAUGAGACGUUUAAAUGGCAAGACUAUUUAAGCUGGCAGAGGAAGGUGCAAGAAGCAAAGGCUAGUGCAGAAGCACUAAAAGCUAGCUUAGGUGAUUUAAGCCAAGAGAUAAAGCCACCAGAUAGCAAAUGGAAAGCCUUCUUCAAAAGAUCACAUCUUGAAGAAGUUGAGAUCAUCAAGGAGAACAUUUAUGAUCGGGGAUUCUUCCGAAAUCUUUUUGAGAUUAUUUAUCCGCUUUCAUCACGACGCACAUUUUUGAAGCAGAAACUAAAAACGGGAUGAAGGUUAGAUGUCUUACCUAUAACACAUGGGUUCUCCAUUCAAACGAUUAUCAUGGUGUAAUUUGCUUUCAUAGCCAGUAUAUUUGCAGGGCUGUAACCAAGUUUUUUUGUCUUAGGAGAAAAUAGUAGAAACAAUUAAAUAUAUAUAUUUAAAGUUUAAAGUAGUAUUAAUCCAGUACCAA